ACCACAGAAGAAGAGCCGAUGUCAAAGAGGAAAUAAGAAGAAGAAGAAGAAGAAACGGAGCGUUCGCAACGGCGUUGAUUUGGCUGCGAAAAUAAACAGUGCGGGUGGCGAUCGCUGCGCUUUAUCUGUUGUCAUAUCCGUCACAGAAAGGGAACCUCUGUCUCCAUAUUUGUGUCGUUCGGAGGAGGCGCGUCGGUAUCGGUGGCGUAGCCGUCCUCCCAUUGUUGAUCCCUGCACGUUAGCGAGGUUCGUUUCCCCGAUUGCUUACGAUGCCGCUGGGCUUGAAGCCAUGCUGCGCCGUUUGCAAGACGAACUCCUCCUCGAUGUGGAAGAAAGGGAACCAGGGAGAGAUCCUCUGCAACAACUGCACGGGAAAGAGCAGUGGCGGCGGUGGCGGUGGCGGCGGCGCGUCAGGCCCCUCCAUGUCCUCCAUCGCUCUGCCCAGCAAUGGCGGGGGAAAGCAGUCCAAGCAGGAGAUCCACCGAAGGUCUGCACGUUUGAGAAGCACCAAGUACAAAGCGCCUGCAUCUGAGAAGAAGGUGUCAACAAAAGGAAAGGGGAGAAGACAUAUAUUCAAACUUAAAAAUCCAAUCAAAGCACCAGAAUCUGUAGCAACAAUCAUCACAUCAGAAUCAGUGUUUUAUAAGGGUGUUUACUACCAGUCAGGAGAUGUGAUCAAAGUAACCGAUGAGGAAGAUGGGAAGCCGUACUAUGCUCAGAUCCGAGGAUUUGUGCAGGACCAGUACUGUGAAAAGAGUGCUGCACUCACCUGGUUAAUCCCAACACAGGCGAGCCCGAAGGACCUGUUUGAUCCUGGAACGUACAUUGUUGGUCCAGAGGAGGAUCUGCCCAGAAAGAUGGAGUACCUGGAGUUUGUGUGUCACGCCCCCUCUGAAUAUUUCAAGUCUCGGAGCUCUCCGUUCCCAACCAUCCCCAUCCGACCAGAAAAAGGUUACAUCUGGACCCACAUAGGACCGACGCCGGCCCUCACUGCCAAGGAGUCUGUCAGUGGCAGCAGUUAGCACAGCUGUGCUAUGGACUUGUUUGUUGCUUUUUAAACGGACAUAUAUGUACAUUUAUGUAAUAUAAUGAAAAGAUAAAAUUGUUUAACCUCUGCCGUUACUUCAGAAACCAGCGUUGUUAUUGAAAUGUUGUACACAUAAUACUUUUGUAUUUAGUUCAGUUUUUUCCCCCCAAGUUAACCAAUUCAAGGGAGGGGGGGGGUAGUAUUCUGGCAAGCGGUUUGAUCUGGUGCUCCUCUGCUGUGAGCGCCACACAGACAUAUUCACGACCAUAUUCAUGUCAGUGUGGAACUGCCGUGCAUGGAAUAAUAAGACAAAAAAAGAUUGGCCCCUCCCUGUUAUAUUGUUUGGGGAAACACUGUAGUUUAAAAACAAAAAAAGCUCUUCUUCACCGUCCCUUUGUCUGAUUGUUUCAGAAAAUGGUAUUUAUUCAUUGAGAUUCUUUGUUUUUAUAAUUUUUCCUUUUGUGAAUGAUACUGUAAUUAUGACAACAAUAUGCUGAUACAGUAAAGAAAAAGUCUGCACCACAAUCUAGA